AUGGAGGUGGAGGAGGAGGAAAGACGCUCUCCACACAAUCAUGUGGAUCCGUGUGUUCCCGAGAGCUUCUUUGAUCGCGUAACGCAAGGGUUACGCGACGAUCUCGAACAUGAGCGGGACAGGCGUCUCCAAAUGGCGGACACUGUCUCGAAGCAUCGAGCUGAGUUUGCCUUUUCUCAGCUUGAGAACGAGAGAGCUCUGACAUCUCUUCGUGACGAGCUAAGGGUAGCUCGUGGGAUUGUUGAUCGGUCUCGGGAUGAGAUAACUGCUCUUCAGACCCUUGUCGAUGCCCACCAUCGGGAGCACAAGGCUCUCUGCGAGAUGCUUGAGCGCAAGGGCGUUCUUCAUCGGCAGAAGCAGCGUACUGAUGGUACGGCUUAA